AUGGCGGUCUACGGAAAGCUGAGCCCAUAUCUGUCUUUCGGAACAGCAGUGGCCCUCAGUUGCCACAGGCAGACUAAGCAAGAGCUCUUCACCAGACUUGCUGGAGCUCUCCAUGAGAACAAGGCUCUAAACAAAGAGAACGACAAAUGGGCGGAGCAGCCCGACAGGCAGACAGCUCGAAAAGAGGCGCUGAAACAGGAGAAUAAAUCGCUUCAUGACGACUUGCUAAGCUAUCGGCAGGUAAUCGACGACAAAUCGUCAAAAUGCAGAAAACUGAAGAAGCAGCUCGAGGAAUUGCGUCAAGCGUCUCUGAGCAAUAACAGAGGCCCGAGUUGGGGGAUCGCCAAUUUAUUCCCGGCCGUGAGGGACGACCAGAGACCGUCGGAUGCCACGAUCAACGCCGUGCGAUCGGAUAUCGCCGAGUACAAGAAGCACGUCUAG